UCGGCGCGGGUCACGAGAACAAACACGGGGCCGCGGCGGGCCAUGGCCAACGUCUCCAAGAAGGUGUCUUGGUCCGGCCGCGACCGGGAUGACGACGAGGCGGCGCCGCUGCUGCGGAGGGUGGCACGGCCCGAGGCGCCGGCCGGCGAGGGCACGCCGCUGCUGAACGGGGCAGGGCCUGCGGCCGCCCGCCAGCCGCCCCAUUCGGCAUCUUUCCAGAUCGGACAGAUGAGCAACGUGGAGCCGGACGAUGAGCUUCUGAACCCAGAGAUGGAUCCCCCUCACCCUUUCCCCAAGGAGAUCCCGCACAACGAGAAGCUCCUGUCCCUCAAGUAUGAGAGCUUGGACUACGACAACAGUGAGAACCAGCUGUUCCUGGAGGAGGAGAGGCGCAUCAACCACAUGGCCUUCCGGACAGUGGAGAUCAAGCGCUGGGUCAUUUGUGCCAUGAUAGGGAUCCUCACAGGGCUUGUGGCCUGCUUCAUCGACAUCAUGGUGGAGAACUUGGCCGGCCUGAAAUACAAGGUCGUCAAGGACAAUAUCGACAAGUUCACGGAGAAAGGGGGGCUGUCCUUCUCCCUCCUGCUGUGGGCCACAUUGAAUUCUGCGUUCGUGCUGGUCGGCUCCAUGAUUGUUGCCUUCAUAGAGCCAGUUGCUGCUGGCAGUGGGAUCCCCCAGAUCAAGUGCUUCCUCAAUGGGGUGAAGAUCCCCCACGUGGUCCGGCUCAAGACCCUGGUGAUUAAAGUAUCUGGUGUGAUCCUGUCCGUGGUGGGAGGACUGGCGGUGGGAAAGGAGGGGCCGAUGAUUCACUCGGGCUCCGUGAUUGCCGCUGGGGUUUCCCAGGGGAGGUCAACGUCACUGAAGCGAGAUUUCAAGAUCUUUGAGUACUUCCGCAGAGACACGGAGAAGCGGGACUUUGUCUCGGCAGGAGCUGCGGCUGGAGUGUCUGCUGCGUUUGGGGCCCCUGUGGGCGGGGUCCUCUUCAGCUUGGAGGAAGGUGCCUCCUUCUGGAACCAGUUCCUGACGUGGAGAAUUUUCUUUGCUUCCAUGAUUUCCACCUUCACACUGAACUUUGUCUUAAGCAUUUACCAUGGAAACAUCUGGGACCUGUCCAGCCCGGGCCUCAUCAAUUUUGGCAGAUUUGACACGCAGACGAUGGUGUACACGAUCCACGAGAUCCCCAUCUUCAUCGCCAUGGGCGUGGUGGGUGGUGUUCUUGGGGCUGUGUUCAAUGCCUUGAAUUACUGGCUGACGAUGUUUCGAAUCAGGUACAUCCACCGGCCCUGCCUCCAGGUGAUUGAGGCCAUGCUGGUGGCCGCUGUUACAGCCACUGUCGCCUUUGUGCUGAUCUACUCGUCCCGGGACUGCCAGCCCCUGCAGGGCAACUCCGUGUCCUACCCCCUCCAGCUCUUCUGUGCAGAUGGCGAGUACAACUCAAUGGCUGCUGCCUUCUUUAACACCCCGGAGAAGAGCGUGGUCGGCCUUUUCCACGACCCCCCAGGCUCUUACAACCCUAUGACCCUUGGCCUCUUCACCCUCGUCUACUUUUUCCUGGCCUGCUGGACCUAUGGGCUGACGGUGUCUGCUGGCGUCUUCAUCCCGUCCCUGCUCAUUGGAGCUGCCUGGGGUCGGCUCUUCGGCAUCUCACUGUCCUACCUCACUGGGUCUGCAAUCUGGGCAGACCCCGGCAAGUAUGCCCUGAUGGGAGCAGCUGCGCAGCUGGGUGGGAUCGUGAGGAUGACGCUGAGCCUGACAGUUAUCAUGAUGGAGGCCACCAGCAAUGUGACCUAUGGCUUCCCUAUCAUGCUGGUCCUGAUGACCGCCAAGAUCGUCGGAGACAUUUUCAUUGAGGGCCUGUAUGACAUGCAUAUCCAGCUGCAAAGUGUGCCCUUCCUGCACUGGGAAGCCCCGGUUACCUCGCACUCGCUCACCGCCAGGGAGGUGAUGAGCACGCCGGUCACCUGCCUGCGGAGGAGGGAGAAAGUGGGCGUCAUCGUGGAUGUGCUCAGCAACACGGCGUCCAACCACAACGGGUUCCCUGUGGUGGAGUCCACCGACGACACCCAGUCAGCUCGGCUCCAGGGCCUGAUCCUGCGCUCCCAGCUGAUUGUCCUCUUAAAGCACAAGGUGUUUGUUGAGCGGUCCAACAGGGGCCUGGUACAACGGCGGCUGAGGCUGAAGGACUUCCGGGAUGCCUACCCACGCUUCCCCCCAAUCCAGUCCAUCCAUGUGUCCCAGGAUGAGCGCGAGUGCACCAUGGACCUCUCUGAAUUCAUGAACCCCUCCCCGUAUACGGUGCCCCAGGAGGCAUCUCUCCCUCGGGUGUUCAAGCUGUUCCGGGCCCUGGGCCUCAGGCAUCUGGUGGUAGUGGACAACCACAAUCAGGUGGUCGGGCUGGUAACCAGGAAAGACCUGGCCAGGUACCGGCUUGGGAAGGGGGGCCUGGAGGAGCUCUCACUGGCCCAGACGUGAGACCCUGGCCCUGGCACCUCACCUGGGGCCCUCAACACGCUCCUCGGGCAGCAGCAGAUCUGUUGGCCUCAGACCUCGGGAUGGCCCAGCUGGUGUGUGAGCGUGACCAUCGAUGGGCACCUUGUCAAUGUUCCCCAUCCUCCCCCUUGCCUCAGCCCCUUGGAUGUCACUCUCCAUCCUCCUGUUUCUUCGCCCUCAGGGAGCAGAUGUUCAUGCAAAUGCUCGCUUCCUCCGAGCCAGCGAGAGGUUGCGUGUGCAUGUGUGUCUCAGUGCGUGUUUGUGUGUGUUCAUGGUAUGUUCACAUGUGUGAGAGGCAGCGAGUAAGCUGGGCCCUGUGGAUUUGAGUGCUGCAGGCCCCCAGGGCGGGGCCACCCCUGCUUCUCUGCUCCUCGUUACCCUCUGCUGGCCCAGAAAGACCAUGCCGCCUGCACACUGCCAGCUGGAGGCCUGGGUGAUGUGAGGCUGCAGCAGAGGCCUUUGGCCUUGUGCCCACGGCCCAGUGUGUGGCCGUGAGGUGAUAGGCCCGUGCGGCUGGGACCUACCCAGGCAAAGGCCCAGCCGGAGGACCAAAGGCAAGGGCUUGGGGCAGCAGACUCUGGAGCAGGCUGUCAGGAAGUCGGCUGUUCUCCAGAUUCCCGCGUGUGCCCUGGGCCGCAACCCCACCCGGGAGGCCAUGGGCUCUGUGAGGAAGCCUUGGCCAAAGGAGAGCUGAGAACCACCCGUGGGUCUGAACCCAAGUUCUGUCACACAUGCCACCCCAAGCCCUCUGGAGCCACCCCAAGCCCUCUGGAGCUGGAGUCCAGAUGAACAGCUGUUGCCACUGGGACCGAGGCUGGGAAGGCAGGUCGUCUCAGCAUGGGGGCUGGGGGUGGAGCCUGGCCCAGGGUGAUGUUCUGGGCAGCUCUGAUUCCGGUCCAUGCAGCUGGGCGUUGGACUGAGCCGCUGAGCCUGCAGCAGGGAUGCUGUUCCCCUCCGAGGAACUUUUUUAAAGGUGAUUCCCAAGUCCCCACCCCAUCUCUGAUGUGAUCAGAUGCUUUUGUGGCCAGCUGGUGGGUGCUGCGCCUUGGUUUUAACCCCUUUCAAGGGGAUGGGGCCUCGAACUGCAGGUCCAGUCCUGGUGGGGAGUCCUCUGUUGGGGGUGCAGGAUCUGAAUGUGGGAAGUCUGAAUAGGAGAAAUAAAGGAAUUAUA